GGAAAAGUUUAUUCCGCGUGGGAAGUGUCUGUGCCACUGUUUGAGUUGAGUUCAGUGGUAGUUAAAAUCACUUCAAAAAGGACAUUAAAAUUACAUCAGAAAAGAUGGAGAUUGUUACGGGAAGGUCUGGAGCACCAGGAGGAGCUGGGAAAGGGGCUCAGCCUGGAGAAAAGGAGGGACGUCAGGGGGGACCUUCUCGCUCUACACAACACCCUGACAGGAGGAGCAGCCGGGGGGAGUCGAGACCUUGUGCCAUGUAGUGUUUGCUCAAAGUGAGAGGAAAAAGGCCUCAAGGUGUGCCAAGGUUUAAACCACCUGUCCUUUGACCCUGCCAGCACCGAGUCCCUGGGGUUGGGCAGUGCUGCUGGCCCGCGGCUGACGGACAGCCCGGCUGAGGAUGGAAGUGGCCCAGGAAAGAGGAAGAGGAGCAGCAUUCCCCCAGAAGGUGUCAGAAAUCUGAGCCUGGACUCCAUUCUGAUGGGAUUGCCAAUGUCCGAUCCGACUGCCUGGGCCACCGCCAUGAACAACCUGGGCAUGGCUCCCAUGGGCAUGACAGGACAGCCCCUCCUGCCUGAUUUUGAUCCUGCUCUUGGAAUGAUGACUGGAAUCCCUCCAAUCAACCCCAUGAUGCCAGGCCUGGGGAUUGUCCCACCUCCCAUCCCUCCGGACAUGCCAGCUGUGAAGGAGAUCAUACACUGCAAGAGCUGCACUCUCUUCCCACCUAACCCACAUCUUCCCCCUCCGGCCACGAGAGAGAGGCCCCCUGGGUGCAAGACUGUGUUUGUUGGAGGCCUGCCGGAAAACGGGACGGAGCAGAUCAUCAUGGAGGUGUUUGAGCAGUGUGGGGAGGUCAUAGCUAUCCGCAAGAGCAAGAAGAACUUCUGCCACAUCCGCUUUGCUGAGGAGUUCAUGGUGGACAAGGCACUUUACCUGUCUGGCUACCGCAUCCGGCUGGGCUCCAGCACGGACAAGAAGGACACGGGGCGGCUGCACGUGGACUUUGCUCAGGCGCGGGAUGACCUGUACGAGUGGGAGUGCAAGCAGCGCAUGCUGGCGCGCGAGGAGCGGCACCGGCGCCGCCUGGCCGAGGAGCGCUUCCGCCCGCCCUCUCCGCCCCCCGUCGUCCACUACUCCGACCAUGAGUGCAGCGUGGUGGCUGAGAAGCUCAAAGAUGACACCAAGUUCUCGGAAGCCAUCCAGACCUUGCUGACCUGGAUAGAACGCGGGGAAGUGAACAGGAGAACUGCCAACAACUUCUACUCCAUGAUCCAGUCGGCCAACAGCCACAUACGUAGGCUCGUCAACGAGAAGGCAGCUCACGAGAAGGAGAUGGAAGAAGCUAAAGAGAAGUUCAAACUGGCUCUCUCAGGGAUCCUGGUGCAGUUCGAGCAGAUAGUGGCCGUGUACCAUUCUGCCUCCAAACAAAAGGCUUGGGACCAUUUCACGAAAGCUCAGCGUAAGAACAUCAGCGUGUGGUGCAAACAAGCAGAGGAGAUCCGUAACAUCCACAAUGAUGAGCUGAUGGGCAUUCGGAGAGAGGAGGAGAUGGAAAUGUCUGAUGAAGAAAUAGAAGAUCCAUCAGAGAUGAAAGAAACAGAAGAGUCAGCGCUGGUGUCGCAGGUGGAGGUGCUGAAGGAGGAGAACGACAGCCUGCGCUGGCAGCUGGACGCCUAUCGCAACGAGGUGGAGCUGCUCAAGCAGGAGCAGGGCAAGGCCUCCAGGGAUGAGGACACCACCAAGGAGCAGCAGAUGAAGCUCCUCCAGCAGGCUCUGCAGGGCAUGCAGAAGCAUCUUUUGAAAGUCCAAGAGGAGUACAAAAAGAGAGAAGCUGAGUUGGAAAAAGUAAAAGAAGACAAACUUAAAAUAGAAACAUUACUAGAAAACCUGAAGGAGCAGCAGAACAUGGCAGAUGAAGAGGACAAGGAGGGAGAUGCAGCUGACUUGCAAGGGAAUGAGAGCAGCACAUCCAGAGUUUGUGCCUGCAGCCAGGAGAAAGAAUAUCCAGUGGAGAAGACCUUGAGCAACAGCCCUGUGAAAUCUGAGCGAGAAGUUCUCUUAGUUGGGAUAAUUUCAACGUUUCUCCACGUGCAUCCGUUUGGAGCCAGCAUUGAGUACAUCUGCUCCUACCUGCAGCGCCUGGACAGCAAGAUCUGCACAGCAGAGGUGGAAGUGCUCAUGACACGACUGCAGAACACGUUCCGGCAGGAGCUGAGUGGGGUUGGGGCCAGCCUGGAGAAGAGGUGGAAGUUUUGUGGCUUUGAUGGGUUGAAAAUGACUUGAGCUUUGACUUAAUGCUGAAAACAGUGGGAUAUGGAUGCUGAGAAAACCUGGGAUGCUCCUUCCUCUGUUCCUGAUGAUUCCCUCACACCACGGCCUUGGGGUACAAAGUAUAAAAGUGAAACCAAGUCCAGAGCAGCAUGGGAAGAACCUCCAAGUUCUGCAGCUGCUUCGAUCAGUUAUUUGUUAUUGGGCAAGUGCUGUUCAAUAUAUUUGGGGAAAAAAGCUCCUACGUGACCCUUUGAAGCACAGCGUGUUGACUCUCUGUUCUACCAGUGUUGUAUGUGCUUGUGUGCCCAAAUUCCUACUCCUCAACCUUCCUUCUGCUGCGAAGAGCCACAGACUGUCCUGAAGCAACAACAAAGGGUCAUCUUCUGGUUUCUAGAUCACCAAAAGGGAAAAAAAAAGGCAUUUUUUAGAUAUUUCUAUGAGUAAAAACCAAGGUAUGUUUAAACAGAAGAUUUAGAUGCGUCAGGGGCCUCUGAGCCAAGGAAUUGUUUCUUUUUUUGCUGUUCUCUCUGUUAGCAGUUAAGCUGAGAUGGGGGCAGAGGGGGAUUCUGGCAGUGCCACUCCUGCUCUGGGUCAGUCUGUACAGAAUCUUUUACAUGGGAAGGGUGUUUAAUUUUCUGGGGAUGUGGGUGGAACAGAGCGACAUCAGCCUGGCUUUGGCGAUUUUUACCACCCAGUUCCUUCACCUACUUUGUUUUGGAGACCAAGCUCAAGACUCCUCUGCUCCUAACCCUUCCCAGCCCUGUUCUUCAUGUUCCCAGUGCAUGCUAUGCUCUUGCCCAGCUGUGCAGAGGUGCAGAGUAGCACAGCUCAGCCCAUUCCAGCCUGCCUGGAGCCCUCUGGAUCCUCCUGCCUGCAGCAGCCUCACCUUCCUAGCCUGGUGUCACCUGCAGAGCUCUCAGUCACCCUAUGCAGUAUUCCUGUUCUGCCAGACAUCCCAAUGUGCUCCCAGCACAGCAGCUGGCACAGUUCCAGCCCCUCCUGUUUGUUCCCCAUGCCCCAGGUGUUGGUGCCCUUCACUUGGGCUAUUGAUCCCACCUCAUCUUUGAGGGAGAAGCCCCAGUUCAUAUGUUCCUGUUCUCAGGCAUUUCCUGAAUGUGUGACACAUCCCCAACCCCGGUGUCAUCCUGCUAGGUGCUUCUCCACCCUGUGCCACAGCCAAGGUAGUGCCCAGGUGAGUACAGGGACAUUUCUGGUGCGUUCUGUGUACCUGGCACAGAGACCUGAUGCUGUGUGAACCAAUCCUCGUCCAAAACUCCAAAAUUCCACUGAUGAUGCCAGGCCUGGAGCCAGCUAUUGACCUGCUGGCUCUGUUUCUCCCCUCACCAUUCCCUGCAAUGGAAAGGACAGAGGAGAGCACUUCCUGUGCUCCUGCUCUCUUUCCCACUCACCCCAAGGCUCUGAGGUCUCUUCAGCUCCCUUGGAUUUCUUCCUGCACCUUCAUCCUCCAGCCCCAAGAAUCAUCCUCCUCGUUGUUGUUUCCACUGGCAGAGCCUGGCACCUGUUCUCCCCCGGCACUGGAGGAGCCAGAGUGGACACAGAGCAGACACCCCUGCUGUGCUAGGUGGGAAUGUGGCACCUGUCCCUUGGGGUCAGCCAGGUGGAGAGAGAGCAGGGUGGCCUGUACUCAGUGAGAGCUCUCCUUGGGAAAAUCAAGGAAGAAACUUCCCAAGUCAGGACAGUUGCAGAGCCCUGAGAGCAGCCGUGGCUGGAGCACCCCAGAGUCAGGGAAGGCGUGGGGUCGGUGGGGAUGGGGCUGGACUCCCCAGCGUGGCAGCUCCCACAGCACAAGGACUUGCUGGGUCCCAGCCUCUGUUGGCUGCAGGGUGGGAGCUGGAAUGGGGCCAGGGCACCGUGGGCAGACAGAGCCACCUCCUGAGGGUCUGAGGUGGCUGGGGCUGUUGGAGAGACCAGGCAGGUUGUUCCAUGGGACAGCAGAAGGGAGAGGAGCGAGGACCUGUGGGGCAGUGGUGGCUGGUGCUGUGAAAGUAAUUCAGGGCUAGAGCAUCCCAGGCUCCUGCUGCUUCCCCUGUCCCAGGGCCUUUCCAGAGGGGCUGAGGUUUCUCCCAGGAGAUAUCCAUCCUGCACAUGGGCUGCUGAGGUGACAUCCAGGGAUGAGUGACAAAGAUCUUCCCUUGGGACCAGGCUGUUCCCACAUGGGCUGUUCUCCCUGCUCCCAACACUGAGCGCUUGCCACACUGGGAGCAGAUAAAAACCCUUUUAAAAAAUGUUCUGAAUAGUUGUGUCCCUGCAGAUGAUGAAUGCUGUAUUUUUAAGGAAUAAACAUUUUUUAUGGGCAAA